CCAGGCUUCAAUCGGGGGAUCCGCUCGUUUCAAUUCUCUCGUCUCGAGCGUUGCGCUUCCAAAGUUCUUAUCGCCAUCCCACUAAGGCUGGGACUCGAUAAACAACCCAACGGACCUGGGUGACCACAUACCUCGACCGAACGGCUGUUUGCAUACGCGCCAUAACAAACGGAUAAAGGGACUCGAAGACGCCAGCAGGGCAGCUGUCGCAAUGGCCCCUCUUCCUACUCUCGAACCAUCAAUCUCAUCCCAAGAUACCAUCGCCGGCCACCCUCUCUCUUCACGCUCACCGCCCUUAUCAAACCCCUCAAUAAUAACCCAACUUGUUUCCCUCGCGAGGAGACAGAACUCCCCGGCAAUCAUUCCCACCGGCUACGGCGACCUUGACGGCACGACCUCGCCAGGCACCGUCGCGGGCAUCGUGCUCGGGUCUGUCGCCGGGUUUCUGUUGGUCCUGUGGCUGAUCUAUACCUGUUUGAAUUUCAAUACUGUGAAUAAUCGCAGAGUCAUAGAAGAGAAACGGUCGAGAUCCGCCGCGACCGUUCCCCGGUCCGGGUGAGGGAGGAAUCACGCCGCCCGCCGGAGACGGUGAUUGUUGAAGAAAGGG